CUCGCGGAAGAGCGAGUCCAAAGGAUCCAAUGAGAUCACGCCGCGUCCUGGGCCCAAUGGUUAGGUUAGGAACAAGCCGGUGAAUGCUAAGGAAAACGCAAGAAGUCCGUGCAGGGAACCUUCCAAGAAUAGUGAACGAAUGAUAUGUACCCAACAACACCGAGACUGGUUUUUACUUUAACACGAUCGAGAUAUAACUGCUGAAGGGUAUAACAAGGCUCGGACGUUAUUCAUCUGAUUGUUCAGGAACAUACAAAGCCAGAAAUAACCGGAGUUCUGUAGUCAGUCAAAAUCAAAAUAACCUGGGUCUUUAAGGUCACCAUGAGGAAGAUGACACUAUGGACCCUAUUUUGCCUUGCACUAGCACUCUUGCCUUCUCAAACAGACUCGGUAGCUGUGAUGUCUAUAGACCUGGGGAGUGAGUGGCUGAAGGUUGCUUUAGUCAAACCUGGUGUGCCAAUGGAGAUUGUCCUCAACAAGGAGUCGAGGAGGAAAACGCCGGUUGCUGUUUGCCUGAAGGACAACGAGCGUCUCUUUGGAGACGGUGCCGUUGGUGUAUCUGUGAAGAAUCCUAAGGUAGUGUAUAGAUACAUUCAAAACCUUUUGGGGAAGCGUGAGGACAACCCCCAGGUGGUGCAGUACCAGCAACACUUCCCUGAGCACCUAUUGGAGAAGGACGAGGAGAGGGGCACUGUGCUUUUCAAGCACUCGGAGGGGAUUGUGUACACGCCAGAGGAACUCCUUGCCAUGGUGUUGAAUGAAUCUAGUGCUAUCGCUCAGGACUUUGCAGAGCAACCCGUUAAAGAUGCAGUGAUCACGGUUCCAGCCUUUUUCAAUCAGGCAGAGAGAAGGGCAGUCCUGCAGGCCGCCCAGAUAGCAGGCGUGAAGGUCCUUCAGCUCAUCAAUGACAACACAGCUGUGGCUUUGAACUAUGGCGUGUUCAGGAGGAAGGACAUCAACUCGACUGCACAGAAUGUAAUGUUCUAUGACAUGGGCUCUGGAAGCACGACAGCCACCAUUGUCACGUACCAGACUGUGAAGACUAAAGAGUCCGGAACACAGCCCCAGCUGCAGAUCAGAGGAAUAGGGUUUGAUCGGACUCUGGGAGGUUUUGAAAUGGAGCUUCGUCUGCGAGACCACUUGGCCAAGCUGUUUAACGAGCAGAAGAAGUCCAAGAAGGAUGUGCGGGAGAACGUGCGGGCCAUGGCUAAGCUCCUCAAGGAGUCCCAGAGGCUCAAGACUGUGCUCAGUGCCAACGCUGAACACUCGGCUCAGGUUGAGGGGCUCAUGGAUGAUAUUGACUUCAAGGCGAAGGUGACUCGGGUGGACUUUGAGGAGCUUUGCCAGGAUCUGUUUGACAGGGUGCCAGGGCCCGUCCAGGACGCACUCACCUCAGCGGAGAUGUCUCUGGAUGAACUUGAGCAGGUCAUCCUUGUUGGAGGAGCAACUCGGGUGCCAAAGGUACAGGAGGCCCUGCUGAAGGCUGUACGCAAAGAGGAGUUAGGGAAGAACAUCAAUGCUGACGAGGCUGCUGCUAUGGGAGCCGUGUACCAGGCAGCGGCCCUCAGCAAAGCCUUCAAGGUCAAGCCAUUCAUCGUGCGAGACGCUGCCGUGUUCCCUAUUCAGGUGGAGUUCAGCAGGGAGACGGAGGAAGAGGAUGGGACGACGAGCGUGAAGCACAACAAGCGCGUCCUGUUCCAGCGCAUGUCUCCCUACCCCCAGAGAAAGGUCAUCACCUUCAACCGCUACACGGAUGACUUUGUUUUCAACAUCAAUUACGGCGACCUCAGCUUCCUCAAAGAACAGGACCUGAGUAUGUUUGGCUCUGUCAACCUGACCACAGUGAGGUUGACCGGAGUGGGUACCAGCUUUCAGAAGCACGGCGACGCCGAGUCAAAGGGAAUCAAGGCGCACUUCAACAUGGACGAGAGCGGCGUGCUCAUGCUGGACAGGGUGGAGUCUGUGUUUGAGACGAUUGUGGAGGAGAAAGAAGAGGAAUCCACUCUGACAAAACUUGGUAACACAAUUCAGAGUCUGUUUGGAGGCGGAGGCUCAGAAACCAGUCCAAAUGUGACUGAACCCGUGCAGGACGAAGAGGAGGUUCCCCCUGAGGCCGGUAAAGAACCAGAGGAGCAGGAUCAGAAGGAGCCCGUCGUGGAGGAGAAGCCGGAAGCUGGAGAGCAGACCACCGAGGAGCCCAAGACUGAGGAGAAGACCACCGAAGACGGGGCAGACAACGCCUCUGAGGCAGGCAAGACUGAAGAGACGGAGGAGAAGUCUGACAAGGCCCCCGAGGGAGAGCAAGCUGAACCUAAGGAUGCUGAGGAGGACAAAAAGGCAAAAUUGCAGAAAAAGAGCAAGAUCUCUGUAGAUGUUGGCGCAGAUCUCCAGGUGAACGACGUAUUGGACCCCAGCAUAGAUGCCAUCGAGUCCUCCAAGAAGAAAUUGCAGGAUCUGACUGAUCGGGACCUGGAGAAACACGAGCGGGAGAAGUCUCUGAACAGCCUGGAGGCCUUCAUCUUUGAGACGCAGGACAAGCUGUACCAGGACGAGUACCAGGCCGUGGUGGCCGAGGAGGAGAAGGAGCAGCUCUCGGGCAAGCUGAGCGAGGCCUCCGGCUGGAUGGACGAGGAGGGCUACACGGCCGGCACCAAGGAGCUGAAGGAGAAGCUGUCGGAGCUGAGAAAGGCGUGCAAGGCCAUGUUCUUCAGGGUGGACGAGCGCAGGAAGUGGCCAGACCGCCUGGCCGCCCUCGACAGCAGGCUCAACCAGUCCACCUUCUUCCUCAAAGGCGCUAAACUCAUCCCUGAGAUCGACCAAAUCUUUACCGAUGUGGAGCUGAAGACUCUGGAGAAAGUCAUAAAUGACACGACUGUUUGGAAGAAUGAGACCGUAGCGGAGCAGGAGAAGCGGUCCCCCUCAGAGAGGCCUGUGCUGCUGUCCAAAGACAUCGACGCCAAGAUCGGCCUGCUGGACCGGGAGGUCAACUACCUGAUCAAUAAGAUGAAGUUCACCAAGCCCAAGCCCAAGCCCAAACCCAAGGAGAAGAACGCCACCAGCUCCGAGAGCAGCAAAGCCAACAGCAGCUCAACGAGCACCGAGGAUAAGCCAGUAGAAGCUGAGGAAGUGGUGAAGCCCGCUGAAGAGCCGCCUACAGCAAAGAAGGAGGCGUCCACAACAGAAAAGGAACCGCACACGGCAGAAGAAACGACGACAACCGAGAAAUAUUUGCACAGCAGGAGAGAUACGGAACAGUUGUAACACUUCUUACUCAAUUGCACAAAAGAUAAACCAGAAGACAGCAAUUCAAAUCAUACACCAGACGAGUUAUAACAACUGGAACUAAAGUAUCUCUUUGUAUUUAUUGACCGUGUAAUGGUUCAGGUUUACUUUGUCAGCCCGUCAUCGUUUUUUUUUUCUCUCUCUUUUGGCGUUCAGCAGAAUGUGGUCACUGGGUCAGAUUGGACGCUGUAGAGGUGUGCAUUUUCCAGCGUCAUCCGAGAUGGCAGGGAAUGCGGCAGAAACCGAUCUGGCCCUGACCGGCCUCCUCUCCUCUCCUCUCCUCCCCUCUGCGCCGUAUCAGGGCCAGAUCCGCCUCCUCUGACUCCCGUGCCAUCUGGGGUCCCCCUAAACCACUUUUGUUUCCCUCCCCUUCCUUAGUCCCUUUUUAUGUUCACCAAGUUUGUGAACAGCAAGAACCCCCCCCCCCCCCCCACACACACACACACACACACACUGUCACCAAAAGAAUGUAGAAACAUUGAGAAAUAGUUCCAGAACUGGGUGGAAAGAACGUGGAACCCUUGUAAUGAGAGGCUAUCAUGGUUUCAGCUUAUAAAAAUAGUUCCACCGAAUCUCUUCAUUAGCACUCUGCAUAGACAUCAAUGCUGUGCGUGCUGAGUAUGUAAGAUGCUGACGCGUCAGGCCAUUUUAUUAGCUGGAAAGGUUGAUGGAUCUUCAGUGUACAGUGGUUAUGUUAUUUUUAUAUAAAUAUAUAUACCGAUGAAGCAUGAUUUCAAUCAGUAGUGCCUAAUUUAAAAUGAGCUUGUUCUGUGAAUUCUGUGUAAUUUGGGGGGCAUCCGGUUCCAUGGCAAAAGAAACCUGAAUCUGUUCAGCAAAGCGUUUUUGAAUGUUCUCUGGACUGCUGUGGGACCUGUCUGAUGUUCUUGCUGUUUACUCUCCUCACUGGUGUCCUGACCCCUUUGCAUCUGGCGUGUGUUGUGUUGAUGAGUAAAUGAAUAUUUUUUUGCAGUAUCAAGUACAUGAAAAUAGCCUGACACCGUGUGCUUUCUGCAUCGUCUUGUCAUUGACCACGUCUCAUCGCACACAAAGUACUGCACUCUGUCCCCCCCCCCCCGCCCCGUCUCCCAUGAUUUGUUGUUUUGGUUGUACUCCCAUUUCAGAACUGCUUACCUGGUCCGUUCUUUUCCUUUUUUUUUCUCAGAAAGCACUUGUUCCACACCAUGAAAUACACAGCCACCCUAACCCAUUCAUUUCAUGUCCUGUUCGUCUGUUUUACAUGAGUUUGGGUACUUCUGUGGAGGGGGAAACCGCGUUGGGCUUGGAAAGGGAGAACAUUUUUUUUGUUUUAUUUUUUUUUUUGUUUCUGAAUUGUUAAUAAAGUUUUUUUUUUUUAAAGAAACUUCUCUUUGACCCUUUUUUUCCAUUUCCAGAAACCGGCUGGUUAUUUAUGAGGGUGGGAAUGGUAAGUGGGUUGUGUGCAGUAUUUUGGAGAUUUCAUCAGCCAGGUUUUAGGAGCCAACCUUGUGCCCAAGUUACUGCAGACUCCAGAUGAGUCUAACUCACUUCUUAUGCUUGUUGAAAUUGCAGUGAAGUACCAGAAUUAGUUUCAAGUUAUUGACAUUUAACACAUAUCCUGAUGACCGCUUCACUGGUCUUGCAAAGACUGGAUACCAUGCUUAGAGUUGUUGCAUUAGAAUGGCAAAUCAAUUAGUUGUUUCACCCAAACCUUCUUGAAAUUGUUUCUAAAAAUCCUUACAUUUGAUGUUUCCAGAAGGGUCAGCAACCCUGGUGAAAUCACCAUUAUCAAUUCACAAUAAAAUCAAAUUAUUCUGGACAAUAAAA